GGCGGUGCUCGGACGUUAGCAUUGUGCGAAUGUGCGUGCUAAUUAUUUUAUUGUAGCUUUGUGAUAAAAGACGAUCAGAAAUGCAAUAAACUAGCUUGCAGUUACACUUCGGACUACUUCGGAGACAGUUCAUUAUUUCAAGUGCUGUAGAACUAUAAUUUUAAUUUCAAAAUGGCUAACCCAGCCACUGCUCCAGCUCCAGUGGUAGAAGAGAACCCAGAAAUUGAUUGGGGUAACGAGCGAUUACAACGAGCGCAGCGGGCAGUAGAAGCAAACACAUACGAUGUCGAUUCGUGGUCACUCCUGAUUCGGGAAGCUCAAACGCGGCCUAUCAAUGAAGUUCGGUCGGUAUAUGAGAAGCUGAUCACAGCGUUCCCGACGACGGGACGGUAUUGGAAGAUCUACAUUGAGCAGGAGAUGAAGGCGCGAAACUUUGAAAAAGUGGAAAAGUUAUUCCAACGGUGUCUGAUGAAGAUUCUGAACAUCGAGCUAUGGAGACUGUACCUCAACUACGUAAAGGAAACGAAGUGCAUGUUGCCGACAUACAAAGAGAAGAUGGCUCAAGCUUAUGACUUCGCCCUGGACAAGAUUGGACUAGAUAUCCACGCGUAUCCCAUCUGGAACGACUAUGUCACGUUUCUUAAAAGCGUGGAGGCUGUGGGAUCGUAUGCUGAGAAUCAGAAGAUAUCUGCUGUUCGAAAGGUGUAUCAGAGAGCAGUUAUCACCCCCAUCAUCGGUAUAGAAACAUUGUGGAAGGACUACAUUGCCUUUGAACAGAGCAUCAACAAUAUUAUUGCCGAAAGAAUGGCAAUGGAGCGAUCCCGCGACUACAUGAACGCUCGUCGCGUCGCAAAAGAAUUGGAGACAGUCACCCGCGGUCUCAAUAGAAACAUGCCAGCCACGCCCCCUACCGUCGAUCGAGAGGAAAUGAAACAGGUGGACCUAUGGAAGAAAUACAUAACCUGGGAGCGUUCUAACCCGCUCCGUUCCGAAGACACAGCUUUGGUCGCUCGUCGAGUCAUGUUCGCCAUAGAACAGUGUCUCCUUUGUUUGGCACACCAUCCCGAUGUUUGGCACCAGGCUGCCCAGUUUCUGGACCAUUCGGCGAAACUUUUGACUGAAAAGGGGGACUCAAACGCAGCCCGCCUGUUCUCCGACGAAGCGGCGGCGGUGUACGAGCGCGCCACCAGUGGCCCUCUAAAGAGAUCCACGUUGUUGCACUUUGCCCAUGCCGACUAUGAGGAGAGCCGGCUACAUUACAAUAAGGUGCAUCAAGUAUACACCCGCUACUUAGAUAUGGAAGAUAUCGAACCAACAUUGGCCUACGUACAGUACAUGAAAUUCGCGAGACGAGCCGAAGGCAUUAAGUCAGCAAGAACCGUGUUCAAACGCGCCAGAGAGGAUCCUAGAUCAGCCUACCACGUGUUCGUAGCGGCAGCCCUAAUGGAGUACUAUUGCUCAAAAGACAAGAACAUCGCCUUCAGAAUCUUCGAGCUGGGUUUGAAGAAGUUCUCGCAUAUACCAGAGUAUGUGCUGUGCUAUAUUGACUACCUGUCACAUCUUAACGAGGACAACAAUACGCGCGUACUGUUCGAGCGAGUGCUGUCUUCUGGCAGUUUGAAGCCGGAGAGCUCCGUCGAUAUCUGGAACAGGUUUCUGGAGUUCGAGUCCAACAUCGGUGACCUGGUGUCCAUCGUGAAAGUGGAGAAGCGUCGGCAGGCCGUGCUCGAGAAGAUCAAAGAAUUCGAAGGCAAGGAGACGGCUCAACUGGUAGACAGAUACAAGUUCUUAGAUUUGUAUCCUUGCAGCAUCGCGGAGCUCAAGUCAAUUGGUUACACUGAGGUGGCGUCCAUGUCAAACAAGUCCUGGGCUCUCGGCGGCCCCUUGGCCGGGAUAUCUCCUGAACUGGCAGCUGUUAUACUUGGACAGAAAGAUAACGACCCGAACAAGGACAUAGCCCGCCCAGACACCAACCAGAUGAUCCCCUACAAGCCGAAGGCGAACCCUCUGCCCGGCGAACACCCUAUUUCCGGUGGCACCUUCCCCCUGCCUCCCGCGGCAGCUCACCUCUGCACCCUCAUGCCGCCACCGACUUCCUUCAGGGGACCGUUCGUAGCUGUCGACCGGCUCAUGCAGCUCUUCAACAGGAUAUCAUUGCCUGACAAACCGCCCCUGCCGACGCAGGAGAACGGCUGCGACACCAAGCUGUUCGACCUGGCGCGCUCCGUGCACUGGAUCGUGGACGACGAGGGGAUCACCACCGUCGCCAACAAGUCUCGCAGAAGAAAGGCCGGCGAAGAUUCGGAUGACGACGACUUGAGCGUGGCGCCGCCCCUCAACGACAUCUACCGCGCCCGGCAGCAGAAACGAGUCAAGUAGACACCAGUCAUUAGCUCAUGUACAUGGAGACUAUAUUAAGGAGCCAAAUCUCUAUGUAUGAAAAGUAUCCAUCAAAAAACAGUAAUUAGGCGGCGCCACCAUACACCGAAAUACUACCUACGUAAUUUGGUCGGGUUAUUUGUUGCCUUACAUGUUAUACUCAUGUCCCAGAGCCUAACUAGCGCCACCGGAGAUAUUGGGAACUAUUAUUUAAAGCUGAAAGCGGUCACUUUUGCAACAAUUCUGCCAUAAGAGAUUGGCAUCCUUUACCAUCCAUACUCAUGUAGCUUAACCUGUACUUCUUUUUUUAGCAUUAGAAAAAAGGUAAACAAUUUUAUCUUAACGUCUUUUUAUUGAAAAACGCUUUUUUUUAAAACAGGCCAAGUGCGAGUCGGACUCGCGCACAAAAAACGGCAAAAAAUCACGCUUGUUGUAUGGGAGACCCACUUGAAUAUUUAUUUUAUUCUGUUUUUAGUAUAUUGUUAUAACGGCAACAGAAAUAAAAAGACACAUCAAGUACGCUUACCUUCUUAAUAUUGCUAAAAAACAAAGUGUAGUACAAACAGCAACACUAUGUAUUCGGAGGCUGUUAUGACAUCAGCCUCCGAAUACGUCAGAUACAUUUUAAAUGUGAAAUAUAUUCUCACUGCCAAUUAAAUGGGCUACCUAAAGAUUUAUCUGACAUAAAAUAGCCUCAAUACGAAACACCUACAUUGGUGUAUGACAGACAUUUUAUCAAUCUGAAAUAAAUUUUUACUAUAAUUAUUAUAAAAUUAAUAAAACUUUUUCUAAUA